CUCUCCUAAAUCUAGUUAGCCUCUCUCCCUACUGUCUUCAUUACUACUAUAUAUACUCGUAAUAAGUACGAUUUCUGUACAAAUAUUAUUACUCAAGCACGUAUUCCUCUCCUAAAUCUAAUUAGCCUCUCUCCCUACAGUCUUCAUUACUACUAUAUACUCCUAAUCAGUACGAUCCCGUAACAUAUAUUAUUACUAUUACUGCAAAAACAAUGGAUGAAGGCAAGCAAGUUGUCAUGGCCGCACAAGAAGAGGGUUCGCAUUUUUAUGACCACAAGAAUCUUCCGCUUGGUUACCGAUUCGUUCCGACUGAUAAGGAUCUGUUGUACUACUUGAACCUCAAGAUUCUCAACAAACCUGUGCCGACCGAUGCCAUAAUAGAUGUCGAGCUCUACAAGUACCAUCCCCACGAUCUUUGCCAAAACAGUAGAAUGCAUGGAACAAAAGAGUGGUACUUUUUUACCUCGAGGGCUAGGAGGUAUAAUAAUGGUGGUCGGCCAAACCGAACAGCAGCUAAUGGUUACUGGAAAGCCACCGGAGGCGAUGUCGUUGUCCAAAGCAAGGGCCAAGAAGUUGGACGCAAAAAAGUGCUUGUGUAUUAUGAAGGCAAAUCUAAGAAUCAAAAGACUAACUGGAUAAUGCAUGAGUUUACGAUUCAUCAAAUGAAGGAUGUUGCAAGAUCUUCUACAAACCCUAUUCCAGAUGACAAGAUGCUGGAUAAGUGUCUGUGUAGAAUUUACUACAGAACAUCCAAAUCAAGUAAAAACGAAGAACAAGAUAGACAAGAAAACUUGAUUCCUAUUCAAGACAAUAACACGGCUCAUGUCGCUGCUGCAAAUCUGGCAGUAACGUCUAAUCAAAAUCAUCUGCCGUCACCAUUUGAUCAACCAUUCUCGCAAGAUGCAUAUUUUCCACACCCCCAAGCAAAUCCAGCCAGGCAAAGCAAUAAUGAUCAAUAUCCACCGGUCGAGCCCUGUAAUCCACCUCUUACUUAUAUGCGUGGUGAUCAUAUGACAAUGCAAAGGAAUAUUCAAUAUUCUUUGCUUCCAUCUCCUCAGAAUCUUGCAUGUGUUCCUGGUCAAUAUAAUCCUUCGUUACCACCUGGUUCAAUUACAAACAUGCCUAGUAAUUGUACGGCAAUGGAAAGCAAUGAUCAGUAUCAACCUAUUACCCUCAUUAAUGGUGAUGUGGGUUGCUCUUCAUCUGCAAAAUAUGAUGACGACAUUUACUUGGAUUUGACGGCUCCAUGUUUUUCUUCUCUAUCUGAUUUAUUGCCAACAACGGAUCCUAGUAAUUUUGCAGUUUCCACUUCUGCAAACAACGAUAACGAGUGCAUUGAUUUGUCUACUCCAACAGAUUGGCUUGAUCGAUUAGAUCUAAUCUUACCUUCGUUGGAUCCUACAAUGCUGGAUUUUCCUUUAGGUGAUUCAUCGAAUCGGCUGUUUCAGUCUGAAAAUUUUGGAUCGAUUUGAUGGUGAUAUUGCUGAACCUACCCUUGAUGACAAAAUGUGAAGAUCUUCAGUCAAGAGAGAAGAAUAUUGACAGUUUUGUUGUUAAUGAUUUUAUAGUGUUUCUAAAAUCUCAUUUUUUAUGUAACGUAAUGUGACAUUAUUUGUUCAAUUGGUGGCCAUUUUUGUGAUGAAAUUUUAUGU